AAGCAAUCAAUUGCAGCAGCUGGUUGCUGUCUGCACCGAGAGGGAAGCGUUGGAGGAAAAUGAAAGAAACACCCAAACUGCUCGAAUUUUGUUCGAAAAACUUGAACGCCGAGGAAUUUUUGCGUUUAGUCGCCUUGAUUUCUUGAAAUGGAUUUUAUCGGGAAUUGAGAGACAAGAUCUGGUGAAGAAAGUUCAGGGUUUCGAGAAGCGACGAAUUGAUGAGGAUGAAUUUGAAAGAAGGAAAGCCCAAGCCGGUAGCAUUGUCGCUGCAGCCAGGGUUGUUGGUGGAAGAGUAAUCGGAGUACUGAACAUGAAGACAGUGUGUGGAGUGGCAGCAGCGGGAAUAACCUUACUCACUGUCCAUGAGAUUUUGACUCGCUGGCCAACUUAUGACCAGUUAGUCACCAGCUUCCAGAAAUGUGUGCUUCCUGCUGGUUCAAGAUUGAUUGAAGUGGGUCAAGGGUGCGUAUGCUUUACAAUUCAGGUCGACAAUCUCAUGGGGCUCACUGCUUUGUGGAACAUGUACGAGGAUGGUACGCUCAAGGAACGUUUAGUCGACUUUUUUGUGACUGAUGAAAUGAAGACCCGUGCCGGUGGUGAAGAGAAUGUGGAAUUGACUGUGACGAUUGAAAAAGAAGAAUAUGAGAAAGUUUACUUUGAGCUUGUUCAAGAAGCUGACGGUAACCAGAGGCGACCUUUGGAACGAGGUGUUCGAAGGCACUCCGACUCAGUGUUAUCUCUCCCACCUAGAACAGAUGAAAAUUCUCCGACAACAAUAACACAACUUAAAAACCAAAUCAAGUCUCUGGAGGAAAGAAUAGAAGCUGUAGAGACUCAAAUGGUUGCAUUUGAGAAAGACCACGGAAGGAAGGCCACGGAAAUAAUUCCAGCAGAGGAAGUUCAGAAUGCCAGUUACGAAAAGCAUCUGACAGCGGUAUGGGAACUGAAGGAGCACCAUCUGAAUU